CUCAAAAGUUUCUCACCAUGAUGCACACAUAAACCGCAUUAAAAUAAAUAAAAAAAAGCUUUGCUCCGAACUUCGCCGGCAUGUAACCGCUCCGUUACCGAAAGCUCGACAAAACCCGGCGAUGUGGUGAGACAUGCACCAGUCACACGCCGGUUUGUGCCCGGGACAGACGUAACCUACGCCGAAUCAUUUACAUAAUUCGUUUAGCUAGUUCCAAACAGUAAAUAAUGCUCAUACUACGAAAGUUUCAAACUACGAAAAACGAAUGAUUGUUCGGACCGUUGGCUACGGCUUAGUGACUACGAGAGUUGGAAACUACGGAUGUGCUACGGCUCGUAGCAAUGAGCACCACAAUCGAGCGAAGAGCACGUAACAUAAAGCACGAAUCAAUUAUGAAGACAAAGCAAAGUUUAGCACGCAUUAGCGGGGGUCGCGUGCCGACGUGCGUUAACGUGUAGCGCUCGAGAGGCGGGUAAUAUGCCGGCACUCUGGCAGUCUUCCCAGCGGCCUAUGUACGUGCGAACGGUGUGGGUGGACGGCUUCAGGCACGCCAUACUGUCGCAAGACGACCCUUACUUCGUCAAGCUCAGCGCCAAGAGGCGAAGACCCACAUCCUCCGCUUCCACCAGCAACAAAAUCCCGAAAAGGCACUCCAGACUCAGCAACCACGCGGACGACUUGGAAGGCUGCCUCAGGAAACUCAACCUUGUAAUACGGAACGAUAGGACGUUUAUACCAAAAACAAGACCGAAGAGCUCUAAGGACUUUGAAAUCGAAAAGCUGAACUUGACUGAUGUGGACAACGAGUCCGAAGACGGAUUUCUGAUCAGAGCUACCCCGCAGCAACUCAACGAUUACGAGACUUCUCGGUCUAAUUUUGACAUAAAUAUGAGGCACUUAAGAGUGAAUAGGACGUCCAGAUUAGAAGUAAAAGAGAACACCGAAUUAUCAGAACGUGUGCUGCAAUGGUUGGAUCUAGCUGGCAAAGUGGAUUUGUUGGCGCCCGAAAAUGCUGAACGGAUGGCUCAACCGCGGCACAGUUGGCCAGAGAUUCAGCGGCGGAACCACGGGUUAUCGAAAUCGAAGACAACAGUCGACGUUCGGGCGAAGGAUAGUGGCAAAACGUAUUCGCCAAAAGCCGGCGACAGUGCGAAACCACAACAAAGCGUUAUCGAUCGGCACGAUUUUUAUGUGCCGACGUCCACGAACACGAUUGAGAACUACGCGAGACAGUCACGGAACGCGCGCGGCACGCCACAAGCCGAGACGAGCGGGAAAAAAGACGCCAACAAAACCAAGAGCAAGGAUAUACGAGCGAACGUCGCGGAAACGCGCCAGAAAGUCGUCUCAGAACGAACGGCCGUGGAGAAACAGUACGCCGAUUUGAUUAAACAGAAGCUAAUACCCGGUUUAGGGAUAGGAUCAAAGAAGCAAGUCCACAUAUUCAUGCCUGAGCUCCCGAAGAAGUUUAACUCCACCUCGACGAGUAGAACUGAGAGUCUUCUAUCGUCGCUAAAAUCUUAGUUCCGAAUAAAAGCUUUAUAAAUCAACAAAGUUGAGUUCAUUGAGUAGUUUCGGGCAAUUUAUUAACGAACUUUACCGAGCUCGGUCCUUCCGAUUUCAUUGAGCCGACGGAUCGGAUUUAUGCUGGCGUGCACGCAAAGCUGCGCCGUCUGAUUAUUCAAAUUACCGUUGCAUAGUACACAAAUACUACUAUUGAAAUUAAUUUUAUUAAUACGCCUUG